AUGCAAAAUCCCCGAAAUAGUACACCCACAAUAACCCUUUCGGUUGAAUUAGAAGAUCCAAAUGAUCCAAAUGAUCUAAAUGAUCCAGAAAAUGAAAAAAUCAACAACGAAAAACAAACAAAAGCCACAAUAGAAUUGAUAGAAAGAAGAGUUGUUGUAAUAUCAAUUUUAAUACCGUUUUCAAUCAUUGGAGCUCUUAUCAGGGUCAAGUUGACUAAUUUGCACUCGUAUCAAGAAGCUCCAGUAUUUUCACAAAUAUAUCCACAAUUUGUUGGAUGUGUGAUAAUGGGAUUUUGUUUAUCUAGGAAAAAUUUUAUUAUGGAAAGAUAUCUGCCUUUAUACUUUGGAUUAACAAUAGGUCUUUGUGGGUCUAUAACAACAUUUUCCUCUUGGAUUCUUUUAACAAUUAAAUUACUUAUCAAUUAUCCAAACAAUUAUUCAAAUGGACAAAAUGUUUUAGCUAGUUUGGCUGCUAUUGGAAUAACCAUAGGGAUGUCAGUAUCUGGAUUAAGAUUUGGAGAACACCUUGGAGAUUUUAUUUUAUCAAGUCAAAGAUUCAAAUCAACAAAUUUACACAAAAUUUCAACCAAACCAUUUAAUUUGAAGGAACUUUCUGUUAUUGAUUGGAUAAUUGUUGGAUUUAGUUUAACUUCCUUCGCACUAAUUAUUAUAUUAUUGGCAAUUAUUCAAUUAGACAGAAAUUUGUUAUUUAUUAUUAUUUUUUCUCCAAUAGGCACAUUUGUUAGAUUGUGGCUAUCUAGAUACAAUAGGAUUACAAAAUUUUUCCCUAUUGGGACUUUUGCAGCAAACAUUUUAGGCUCUACUAUUCUUGGAAUUUUGUAUUUACUUGGCCAUGGUACUAUUUCAUCAAAUACAGGGUGUGACUUGAUUAGUAGCGGUUUAGCUGAUGGAUUUUGUGGAUGUUUAACAACAAUUUCAACUUUUACUGCUGAAAUUACAACACUUCCCAAAAAACGUGCAUAUGCAUACGCAUUAUCUAGUACCAUCACUGCUCUGGUUAUAGUGACUUUAAUCGUUGGCAGUUACAAUUGGAAAAUUGGAUUGUCAAAUACAUGUGAAGUCUUUUAA